AUGGACGUGGAGAUGCUGAAAGGGCUGUUAGAAACCAUCCAAAAUGUAAUAGUUUCAAAUAAGCGGCACGACGACGUAGCGGUGCCAAUUUUCGACCCGGACAAAAGCAACGAUGGAGCAGCUGUCUGGUGCGAAAGCUUCGAUAAGUUGGGAGACGAGUUAAAAUGGAGCAGCUUUGAGAAGGUUGCAAAAGCCGGUAAGGCCCUUCGGGGCUCUGCAUUAUCCUGGUUUGACCCGUGGGAGGCUGAGACCAUUAAAAUGUACUAA